AUUUGUCAUAUUGUAGCGAGGCAGUAACUUAUAAAAGAAACAUUUAAUUGAAGCCGCUUUUCAACCACACUCAUGCCAUAGAACCACAGCAAAACACACCUCAAAAAUUUUCAGAUGGGUUUAAACACCUGAACUGUGUCUACACCACCAGAACUGAUUUUCUCUCAAAAUAAAUUUCCCUGGAAGGAGCAGCACCUUAACACUGGCCCAGGGUGAAGAAACUGUUGGUUCAAACUUGACUUUUGAGCAGCGCUUGCGUUCUCUGGAGCUGCGUCAUGCCGAGGCCGACACACUGCUCCACGUGCACGGGGCGCUGCUGUACGAGCUGCAGGCGCAGCUGCGCAACCUAACAGCCGCCGUGCAGCACUUGAGCCACAACACGGGCUGCACAAUGAUCAGAAGCACGCCGCUGCUGGGCAUGAAAGACACAUUGCCACCAGAUGGACAGCACCUGUCCUUCUGUCCAUCCGACUGUGCAUCUCUUUAUCACAAUGGCGUUCGUCAUUCUGGUGUUUACACUAUCAUCCUGUCGCCAGGUGCCACCCUGCCUGUCUACUGUGACAUGGAGACCGAAGGUGGGGGCUGGACGGUGUUUCAGCGGCGAAGCGAUGGCUUGGUGAGUUUUAACCGCGGUUGGUCAGAGUACCGCGACGGCUUCGGUGAGCUGCGAGGAGAACACUGGCUGGGCAACCAACAGCUCCACCUGCUCUCCCACCAGGGCCACUACAGCCUCCGCAUCGACCUGCAAGACUGGAGCCACGCCCACAGACAUGCUCUGUACCACAGUUUCAGGAUAGAAAACGAGGAGAACCAGUAUCGCCUCCAUGUGUCUGGUUUCAGUGGAACGGUGGAGGACUCGUUCGGUUGGUACCACAACCUGCGUGGCUUCAGCACGCCAGACACCGGCAACAUCUGUGCUGAGAUCAGCCACGCCGGCUGGUGGUUCCACCAGUGUUUCUACGCCAACCUCAAUGGCGUCUACUACAAGGGGGGGCACUACUCUCUAAAAGCUCAGAACCUACUCGGGCCAGACGGCAUCGUCUGGUUCACCUGGAAGGAAUCCGACUUCUACUCUCUGAAGGCCGUCACCAUGAUGAUACGACCACGCAACUUCAGGCCACGCUUGUCACCAUAGUGACUUAGGUGGUGUGUCUGAGGCUGCCAUAAAUGCUAACAGGAGCACCAAACAUGUAUUAUUCUGCUGCUAAAAAUAAUCCCCAACAAAUAGAACUAUUUCCACCUUUAUGAAUAACUUUUGCUAGAAACUAGUGUCCU